AAAGGUUACACUUCCGUUUUUCAGCGAAGGACGUGUGCACAAAUGGAUGAUGCUGAGGAGCCCGACGCAGCAUCCACUUGACCCUCUGUGUUGAAUUGUUUGUGUAUUCGUGUUGCCUUUUAAGUACAUUUCUCUGCAAAAGCAACCGUGCGGCUGUAACAAUGUCGAUGUCAACAUUUCAAAAGGUUACGCUCGUGUCUUGUCUCGUGCUCUGCGUUGCUCUUCUGCUUCCGAAAAUGCUGCUCGGCGGAGGGAAGGGUGCACAGACCGAGGGUUCAGGACGGUUUCCUCCCAUGGUGCACCGGCAGAUGGCUCCGGACAGUCAGGGCCAGAGGGCUGCUGGGUCCACCAGGGCACACAACACCGAGGCUAUCGCCAGGGCUAAGGGGGGUGGGGGCACAGGGGUAGGGACCGGGGGCAAGUCCAACCUGGCAGGGCAGAUCAUCCCCAUCUACGGCUUUGCGAUCCUUCUUUACAUCCUCUACAUCCUGUUUAAGAUAACCUCAAAGGGGAAGUGCGCUGUACCUUCUGAACCCAGAUUUCCCUCAGUGAGAGCAGAGAACCGGAAGAGAAAGAUCACGGACUUUGAGCUGACUCAGCUGCAGGAUAAGCUGAGGGAGACAGAGAUGGUGAUGGAGAGGAUUGUGUCCAAAGCCAGCUACAGUCCUGAAAGGGUGACAGGGGUGAGUGCCGACCAGGAGGAGAGACUGCUUCUCCAGCUGAGAGAGAUCACGCGGGUGAUGCAGGAGGGCCGCCUGGUGGAGGGGGUUGCCCCCGCAGAUAUGGGGGCACAACACUGGGAAGGUUUCCCAGAGGAUCCCCAUCCAUGCUGGGAAGAGCCCUUCUGUGGAUACGACCAUACCCAGGCGACCAGCACCGAAGAGCAGCCAGAGAGGACCGACGAGUAUGGGGCUGACCAGGAGGGUGGGACUUACCAGGAGAAGGGUGGGGCUUACAAGAAGGAGGGUGGGGCUUACCAGAAGGAGAGUGGGGCUUACCAGAAGGAGGGUGGGGACUACCAGGAGGCAGGUAGGGCUGACCAGGAUAAGGGUGGGUCUGAUCAGGAAGAGGGUGUGGCAAACGAGGAGAGUGGGGUUGACCAGGAAGAGGGCAGGGCUGACCAGAAAGACGUUGGGCUUAACCAGGAAGAGAGCAUAGUUGACCAGGUGGUGGUUGGGGUUGACCAGGAAGAGGGCAGGGCUGACCAGAAAGAAGGUGGGCUUGACCAGGAAGAGAGCGUAGUUGACCAGGAGGUGGUUGGGGUUGACCAGGAAGAGGGCAGGGCUGACCAGAAAGAAGGUGGGCUUGACCAGGAAGAGAGCGUAGUUGACCAGGAGGUGGUUGGGGAUGACCAGGAAGAGGGCAGGUCUGACCAGAAAGACGUUGGGCUUAACCAGGAAGAGAGAAUAGUUGACCAGGAGGUGGUUGGGAUUGACCAGGAAGAGGGAGGGCUGACCAGAAAUACGUUGGGCUUAACCAGGAAGAGAGCGUAGUUGACCAUGAUGUGGUUGGGGUUGACCAGGAAGAGGGCAGGGCUGACCAGAAAGACGUUGGGCUUAACCAGGAAGAGAGCGUAGUUGACCAGGAGGUGGUUGGGGUUGACCAGGAAGAGGGCAGAGCUGACCAGA